AUGACUUGUUUAUCCUCUAGGUAUGAAAAGGACAGAUUUGUACAAGAGGUGCAUACAGACUAUGUAGUGUGGGAAGAAACAGGCAGGGCAGAUUACCGUUACACUGCAACUAUGACAGAGGUGUGCAAGAGAGACAAACUUGCUGUGAUCAUUAAGAAGUGUCAGAUUUUACUCAUGUGUAUUAGAAGGUUCCAAUGAAUGUGAGGGGCUACCACGAGGUUGUCGCUGGUUUAGAUCAAUUCUGUGGUGAAGUCAUUACCAAGUGCCUUUGCUCAUACACAAAAUGCUCCUGUAAAGUUAUGAAGAUGUCAAAUAAAAUUUCACCAGAGAGCACUAAACCAUAAAUUUUUUUGGGUGAUUCAGUUUACAGGAAUAGCAUUAAAACUUGAGAAAGUUGGCCCAACUCUUUCAACUUUCAAACCAUUUUCAUCCUUGCCAUCAGUUGCAUCAGAAGACAGGAAACAGUUUUGUUGCCUAAAUAUAGUCUUAAAUAACAAAACUGGGCCAGUAUUUUUGGAAGUCCACUGAUGCGAAGACAAAUUUAGUUUUAUAAAAAUAUAGCGAAUAGCGUGAUAUAGCCACUUAAACAAAUCCACAAGGUUGACGAUGGUUUUCGGCAAUAAGGGAAACGAAGCAAAGUAAAAAUGAAACGGAUUAUUGGAGAACUUACUUUCCUUGAUUGCUGAGUUUGACUAGUUGUCAAAUGAAAUUAAUACGACUGACGAAAUAGGCCGGAACACAUUUCCACUCAGUUUUGCGAAAGUUGGUAUAAUCCUUCUCAUUUUGUCUAUAUUUCUUUGAUAGGCUGGUUGUUUAAAAGAAGCUCAGUCAUGGAGAAGAAUGACCACAAAUACCUCUGGAGAAACAACAAACCUCUGGACACAAAAUGUUGGUUUUUCUUUCCUAUUUAUUUAGCAGUUAAUGAAUGAGGCUGAGUAGGAUACGAAGAAUUAAGCAGAUCGAGGAGGGUGUUAUCUACUGAGACCGAAGGCCGAGGUGGAUAACACCCUCCGAGAUCUGCUUAACUCUUCAUAUCCUACCAAAACAACUCAACCUCGUCCCCAGGUCUUUUCGGUAACGAUGCCUUAACCUGUAGAACGCUGCAUUUUUGACGUCAUUUCCUCGUUAAACGCAAAAUUCUUCUAAAUUUGGUCAUCAGUAACUGGUUAUGGUGAAUUAUACGUGUGCUUUUAGCCAAUCAUAAUUGGGGAAAUAUUUUGAAUGAAUAAUAAUUUACUUUAUUUCUUUUUUUGAGCUAUCGUGCGCGGAUGUCUAGUUGUUAGUUUAGUUGUUUAAGACUGACGCCAGUUCAUUUGUUAAAUAGGAGAUCAUACGGUGGCUCAUACACCGAAUGCAGUGGAUCUCUCGGUCGGCCCGGGUCUAGUUGCGCGAAAGUGAGGCUAGUGAGGCCUCGAUAGUUUUGUUUUGACUGCGCGUCUUAGCGAUUCAGUCGAUCAAUAUGGUUUCCUUCAAGUUGUUACGUGCUUAAGAGCCCUCAAAGAGGAGAUUUAACUCCAGCAGAGACGAAAGUUGAUUAUCUUCGCUUUGCCAAAGUUCUUUUCGAAGAAAGAAAUGGAUUCAAGUGAUUCGGCACGGCGAAUGGAGGCACUCUACUAUCACGGAGUUAUUUUUUAAAAGGACGAAAGUGUGCUCGCUUCACUUCAGAAGAGAAGACUCACGAAACUAUUAGAAUAGGUGAAUAACUGAAAGAUUCAUGGUUCUGUUUCAAGUUUGUUUGUCCGUUCUCUUACCAAGGAAAGGUAAAUAUCCUCGAGAACGAGUGAAUCCGCCGUCGCGACUUACCAAUCUUUAGGCGCUCUCAGGGACACCAUGACAAACAACAAGGGCAAAUGUUUUUUUCACAGUCUUCACGAUCCUGUGUUCAAGAGUGAGCAGAGCCAUAAAAGAAGCAAUUUUUGGAAAAUCGCUGUUAGUUUAUCUCGAAACCAUUCGACAAGUUGCUAAAAUAGAUCAAGCGCAAGGUCAAAUACAAUGCUCGAAUACUUGCACGCUGCUUUUCUUCCAGAACCUUUUUUCUUCUUCUUACUUUCAUAGUUGGUAACGGUUCCUCCGUUAGUUUUUUCAGUGCAUUUUGGUCAAGGACUGUUCUUGAAAUAUGUCGCCUUCUUCUGGUUCUUACAUAGUUUCACAGGCCACGCUUUUAGGAUUAACAGGCGAUUGUUAUUGUUGUUCUUAUAUUUUAAUGGAGCUGUUUUCAGCGUGAAAUUUAAAAGAUCUUACGGUCCACCGCGGAUGCUCCCGUUCUCGAGAAUGUUUACCUUUUGUUGGAUAAAUAACAGACCAUGCAAACAUCUUGGAACAGCACCAUCUCUUGUGAAAAUUAUUUCAUUCAAAUACUUUCGUGAGUCCUCUCAUCUAAAGCAAGUGAGCGAGCACAGUUUCGCUGUAAAGUGCUUCCCAUUGCCGCGCCGAAUCGCAUGAAUCCUUAAGUUUCUUUGUGAAAAGAUCUCGGGAAAGUAAAGGCUAUCCCAGCUAGAGUAAAAUCUUCUUUUUGGUGGCCCUCAGGCAUGCAACAACUCGAUGCAAACCAUAUCGAUCGACUCAAUCGCUAAGACGCGCAGUCAAAACAAAACUCUCGAGGCCUAACUAGCCUCGCUUUCGCGCAACUAGACCCGGGCCGGCCGAGAGGUUCGCCAUAUUUGCGUUCGGUGUAUAGAGGACAUGCUACCUACAUUUUUAUAUCGCGCGAUAAAAAACAGUUUAUUCCGCGAUAAAUUGAGAAUUAUCGCGCGAUAUAUAAUGCUCAAUUUAUCGCGCGAUAAAUUGGGAAUUAUCGCGCGAUAAUUCUCAAUUUAUCGCACGAUAUUUUCGAUUUAUCGCGCGAUAUGAAAAUGUAGGUAGCGUGUCCUCUAUGGGCCACCGUAAUACCACUCCAAAAACAAAAUCCUUUUUUCUCCUUUGUAACAUCUUUCUUGUAUGGACAGACAUGUACACAAAAGAAUUUAAUUAUUACCUUAAUUUAUUGCGGUAGUAGUGAGGUGAGUAAAUUGACUGUGUCUGUCUCGCCAAGAUCAAAGCACUAGCUGCCAGUGCGCUUUUGUGAAACUUGAAUUAAGGAAAAGUAAAGAUUUAUUGUUGUUGUAGUUGUUGUUGUGUCAAUUCAACAAACGUGAUACCCUCUCUUAUUCUUAGAACUAUCAAAGCUGUUUCGAGCCAGCCCCAAGUGAUAACAGCUUUGAUGGAAGCCAGCCGUAUGAGAUUCUAAACUCAUCCGGGAUAUCCCAGUUGGUGUUUCUUGGUUCUGGGUUGUUUCGAUUCCUACUCGGAGUUGUUGGUGCUCAUUUGAGGUGAGUGAUAUUUCUAGCUAGAAAAAAUGGCCUGUACAAGUUUAAGGGAUUUUAGAGCUUGUUCCAGCCUCUUAGUUCGGGACGAGCGCAAAGCUAGCAAGCGCGCGAGAAAAACUUUGCGAAGAAUGUGGAAAGACGUAGCCUGCGUUGUAGCUGGUGGAAUUUAUCGCGCGCGACGACUUCAUUCCACAGGCGCUUUUGAUUAGGCUAAAAAGCUGUGAUAACAGUGGGGACGAUUAAAGUGAUGUCCCUCUCGAAAAUCCCUCGUACCACCAACAGCCCACCAGCAGGCUUGGAGAGAAGCUGUUUGCUAACUAAAAGCGUGGAGCAGACUACAAGUUUACCUGCCUUUUAGUUGUCCCAAGUGUCGCUUGGGGAUUGAGCCCAUGGCGUUACCAACCAGGGGCGGUGAGGCUGCCUUUAAGCCAUUCAGCCCGGACUUAACUAGCCUGUGCCAGGCUCCGAGAUAGUCGGGUCCGCUGUAUUCAGAACUUUUCGCGUGCCUUUUUCUUUAGCGCCUUCCCCCACUAUUGAGAGCCUGGAACAGGCUAGGACUUAACAAGAAUUUGGUUCAAAAUGAGCUUAUGUAAUGGAAUUUUAACAGGGUGUAAAGUUGCACCUACACUACAAGAACCAAUGUCUGUCGAGCUAAUGGGCAUGCAAAAUUGGCACACAAUUCACUAGGAAAAUAAUGUCGCUGAAACCUUCUUGGUUUUUUCAGCAGAUAAGUUGUAGGAUUCCCGUUUGUUUACUCUGAUCAUAUAGGUUAAAAACCCAUUAUUUUGGAGUAUCUGCUCUCAAAUAAUAUCUAGUAAACAGUUUUCUCCUUGUUUGAUUUCUUGUUUGUUUGUUUGUUUUUUUUAAUUCUGGAGACUAACUUUGUAGAAUUGAUCACCACUUAACAAAUACUAAGUACCUAGGUAGCAAAGUGGCCCCUUAAAAAAUGCCCUUAAAUGCCCUUUCUACAAUUUGGGCUUAAAAGGAAAAAAUAGAGGUGGCUACGCCCUUACAAUCUGAGCUAAAACCUCUGGCGGCGGUACCUAUAGCUGUACCUACAGCAUAGCUGUGCGUUCUUUAUCAUCAACGAUAGGUUCCUUUUUUUUCUGAUGUCUUUCUUUCCUUGUCAUUUAUAUCCCUGCAGUUUUUGUGAACUUAGCACGCGGUUUUCCGUUGAGGUAACAAGCACUGAUGAAGCGAAGGAAUUCUUGCCGCAGCUUGUGUCUAUUUUAGUGGUGACCCUUAGUAGCACUGUUCUACUGUACAUCAGCUUUGCUCAUUAUACUAAAAAGACGCUGCAUCGACAUCAGGAAGAUGAGGAAGAACAACAAAGGCUGCAGGAACUCAAGUAAGAACAAAGUUUGAACCAUAUUUUUCCUUAGCCUGCUGUUCCAGGCAUUCAGAUAAUAGGGAGGCCGCCAAAACAAGCCAUAGAAACAUAAGACGCACGCGAUCUCCUCUUUCCCCAACCCCCGGACGUCAGUUUUCGCAUGAGGUUUCAUAAUCCUUGUACAUUACUAUCGUGGAGCCUGGAACAGGCGAAUUUUUCCUCGACUAAAUGGUGUGCUUCAAUUUUCUUUCAUCAAUUUUAAGAUACUUCCUCUAGUACCAGUUUUCGCAGUGAGGAAUUUCUACUCUCGUACAGCACGCCGCUGCGACUUCUUAGGCACUUUCUCUAUUUUCCCUCCACGGAAAAGAAAAAAAUAAUCCUUCCUUAUGGGAGAUGGAGAGGCGUGAAUUCGAAAGUCAGUUAUAUUCUGGAAGCUCCCUGUUACAAGAAGGUUUCCUUUCAGGUGGGGUCUGUGGUUUGGGGCGGGGGGUGGUGUGGCUAGGCUGCGAACGAAAGGCAUGUCGACAGGUCCUAAGAUAAUAAAUCUAUUAAAUACAUAUACUCAAUUCUACUUGUGUCGUGUCGCCACCUUCCACAGUACCUCCUAGAUUUGAACAUAUUUUCACACUUAGAAUCGCCGGUUUCGCUUGGCAAUUUCCUAGUUUUGAAUAGAUUAAGUUCACCGCUUACUAUGCCCGUUACCCUCUUACACAUGUCUUGUGUUGCAGGAGCCUAUUUUCCUCCUAUCAGCAAGGAGCAGAUGAUGAAGGCCAGGCUCAUCGACGCUCCACAGGUCACAAUGUUCGCCGCUUUACAGGAACAGCAAUGCUCAUGACCAAUCGGCUGCCAGAGGAAUGCCUGGUAGAGGAAUCCCUCCAAGCGGCAGACAUAGUCAUGAACAGCUUACAUACACAACCACCUCCACCAAGUGAUCUCGACUGA